AUGUCAGGUGACUCAGCAGCAAAUAGCUUGGGAGAAAAGAAUACAACAAAAGAGAGAAGUGAAAAUCCCAGAAUGAAAACUGUAAUGAAGAGACAUCUUUUCUGGUUGGUCAUUUGUAUGGCCUUUGUAUUACCAGAAAUGCCGGUGUCUGCUCUGGAUCUGCAGUUACCUGGUAGCAAUCAGCCCAAAUGCUUUGGAAUCUCAAGAGGUAAACGCUUUGUAAUUGGCUUUACUGAUAACACCGAUGAAAGCUCUCAUACGAGGAAGCUGUAUAUUCUCGUGGUUGCUUUUAGCAAUAAGCAAACCUCCGUUACUAUAAGCAGUAAGUUUCAAGUGGAUGGGGAGCAGUUUCAGGAGAGCUUUGUGAUAGAAGCAGGUGGAUUUCGACGAACCAAUGUUCCAGUUGAACUAAUCAUGAACGGCAAUGAAAGAAGUAUGAAAGGAAUCGAAAUAAGGGCUUCUAGUGAGGUGUCUGCAUAUGGUCUGAUUUACCAAGAUUACACAACGGAUGGUUUUCUUGGUAUACCCACAAACAAUCUGGGUAUGCAGUACGUAGCUGUCACACCUACGCAAGGUUUAUUGCCGUCACAGUUUUCUGUCAUCGGUACAGAAGAUUCCACCUCGGUUCAGGUUACAUUACAGGGCACUGUUACAUUCGAAGGACAGACUUAUAAUGCUGGUGACGUGCUGAGCUUCAUAGUAGAUAAGUUAGAAGCCGUUCACAUUCAAGGACGUGAUACAGCACAGGACUUGACAGGAAGUAUUGUUCAGACCAACAAACUGGUAUCUGUGUUCAGUGGUAAUGAAUGCGUAAGGCAGAGCGGUUCAGCUUGUGAUACAGUGACGGAGCAAUUGGUACCCGUCAAAAGUUGGGGGCAGAAACACAUCUACACAGCAGCCCGGGAUGAUGACGGCAACAACUACAAGGUUGUUGCUUAUUUGAGUGGAACAAUCGUUACAAUCCCUGGAAUUCAAGAUCAGUCACUUGAACCAGGAGAAUUUUGGGAGGGUAGCUUGUCCGGUUCCGGACUCGUGUCGUCCAGUAAACCAACCCUGAUGAUGCAACAGUUGGCAUCCGUAAACGGCAGGACGGUCGAUCCUUCAUUUAUUCAGGUUCCUGCAGAGGAACACUUUGGGUUUGUGUUUGGAUUCACGACCCCUCCUCAUUCUGGAGGUGAUUCCGGUGGUUACUUCAAUUUCAUCAAUAUCAUUGUGAAAAAUGAAUCUCGACAAACUGUGUAUCUUAAUCGUUUUCCAAUCAACGACACAAAUAAUAUACACGAAAGUGAUGUUCCUCACACCAGUUACACAUCACUUACGGUUCAACUUCCAAAAGGUGAAGGUGUCUACUACGUCGAACAGACAGAUCGGUAUUCAUCACCACUCUCUGUCAUUGUCUAUGGAUAUGAAUCUUACGAGACAUAUGGCUACGCUGCUGGUCUGUCUCUCCCCAGCAAUAAACAAGUCCUAAGUCUGACACCACACUAUUUGCGAGAACUUGGUGGCGAGCUUUUCACGAUGACUGUUCCCUGUUUGCAAACAAAUGCUAUAUCCUUUCAAAUUACUGCAAAGUGCAAAUUUGCCACUGGCUUUGGAGACGUCAUUGUUUCUGGUGAACGCACCGACUCUUACACUGUUGUCUGCAUCACUCCCACCUUUUACAAGAACGGACUUACAUCUGUCUAUGUAUCACUUGACGAUGGUGGAUCAUUUCCAUACUCCGGCAUUGUCUACGUUGCAUCUGAAGAGGAUCUGCCGCCACUAGUACAAAUUCAACAGGUAAAUUCUGCGUAUGGAGAUGGCAUCAUUGACCUAACCUCAGAUGAUCCGAUCGUGUUCUCCUGGGAUCCUAAAAAUCUUGGUGAAGGAGUUUCACAUGUGACUGUUAUGACCCAAGGCACAGAUAACGACAACGAUGGGAAUCCAGUCCUGAUGGAAGGUGUUGCAGUGAAGAACCAUGUCAUAAACAACGGUAGUUUGAUGAUACAUCCAAGAGACCUCCAAUCCCUCACCGGUGAUGGUUUGUCACUCGCAGCAUUUUAUCUUACUCCGUCUGGAUUGAGAAGACGAAGAAAUGUUGGAGCUUUGUUGUGGCGCUUAAGAUAUUAUGGUCCUGCUGCAAUUAUAGUUACUGCAAUCCCCUGCGAAGUUUCAAAGUACCAGUUAAAGAAGACUGUGCCUAAAGGACUGCCUCCAUGUCCUUGCAACACGGGACAAGCUGACCGAGACCUGAACUUCCAAGAGGCGAAUUUUGCGAAUUUCUUCUUUCAUCCGGGUGCUGAGAACUGUUAUAGGUCUGUUAAUUCAUUGCCGACUGGAGCAGGUCAACAGUGUUGUUACGGAACAGACGGUAAUAUCCUGGUAGGUCCCCCUGGGGGAGGAACAGCCGAUAGGUACAGUCCAGGAGAGCAUUUCUGGAAGCAUCAAUGGUUUGAUGUUCUUCCUCGGCUUUGCUUAUGCAAACUGUCAAACAAAUGUAAAGAAUAUUACAAGUACAGGCCAUUGGAUGAUUGUUCUGACUACGACCCACCUCGACCGGCUGGGGGCACUGGGGAUCCUCAUCUGACAAGUCUGGAUGGCUACAAAUUCACUUUCAACGGAGCUGGGGAAUUUCUGAUGGCGUCAUCUGCAGUACAUAACUUAACCUUUCAAGCCCGUAUGGAGAGGUACCGCAACACCAACGCCUCUGUGUACACGGCAUUCGUUCUUCAAACCAACGAUUCCUCCAAAGUCCAGGUGCAGAUGUCUAACAUGAACGAGACACUGAUUCUCGUGGAUGGUGAGCCGUUGCGUCUUGACUCCAUCCCCAUCAAAGUUCAUCACCUCAGAGGUGUUCGAAUCCGCUUCAACUCUGAGAUGACCAAAAUCAACAUAGCAUUCAGUGCUGGCAUUGCUGUCACCGUGUACAUUGAUACCGAGGUGAUGUCUUUCAUCGCCCAACUUGACACCAAGUUCCAGGGUCAAGUUCAAGGACUUCUUGGAAACCUAAACGGAAACCCAGAUGACGACCUUCAGUUCCCAAACGGAACCCUUCUGAAGCCUGGUUCUUCGCUGAAAGAACUUCAUGAAUUUGGUUUGGAGUGGUUGGUGGCUCCAGAGGAGUCCAUAUUCACCUACAUUUCCCCAUUUGACUACAGCACAUACCACUUUCCUAAGUUUUCCCCGAACUUCGAGGUUCCUGAUCUGAACCAAGUGAGUCAGGAAAUCAAGGACCUGUGUGGCGAUUCCAUGGAGUGUGUCUUCGAUGCGGUAAUCACCGGCAGCCUGUCUUUUGCUAACGAGACUCUUGUGGUAACAGUCACAAUAACUAAAGUCCAGCAAGGAUUGGUCAAGAUUGUCAGUUGUGGCUACCCGGGUGAUGUGGAGAACGGGUUGCUGUCGGGGUCUGUGUAUCUCGUGAAUACCACUGUGGAUGUGGCUUGUGAUGACGGCUUCACCUUGAAAGGGUCUUCCAAAUUGACCUGUCUUGAGGAUGGUCAGUGGUCGUCUGAUCUCCCUGUUUGUGAUGACGUCAACUGUGGCUACCCGGGUGAUGUUGGGCUACCACCCGGCAUCAUAGCUGCUAUUGUUGUUGGUGCCGUGAUUGCUGUACUUGCAAUCUGUGGUCUGAUUUACAUUUUCAGGAAGAGAAACAUGAAGAGAAACAAGUACAAGGUGGUCCAUACGCGAAAUGUUUAUUUUUCUAAGACACAGCCAUGCAGUGACGAUUGA